UUUCCACCUCGAGUGCUAAGUGUUCAACGAUUCCACAGAGUCAUCAAGUCCACUAUGGCAGAGCUCCACACAAACUAUCUGAACCCAACAGGAAAGAUGUCCGUAAUACUAAAUGACCUCACCCACUCCGAAUCGUACGAAUUGGAGCGUCUAAUCAACGGUUGCAGUAACUCAGAGGCAAAAUCCAUUUCUUCUCAACUAGAAUAUGCGGUGGAAAACAUUAUAUAUGAAGUGUCCGGAAUAAUGCCUUCCAAGGGCAUUUUGGGUACAAAUUACAAAUCAUCAGGAAUAUACGAAUUGAUAAGGGAAGGAAACAUAUUUCCCAAUGGUUACUUUCUACAGUGUGAACUGGAAAGAUUACAUUUUGAUGAGAACUUAAGGACAGUUAACAUCGGGGACGGCGAAGCCUUCAUGUUGCUUGUGGGAAUGUUCAUCACAAGAGGUCUGAUAACCACGAUUCUCCUAAAGCCUGUGGACUAUCGAGUGUUAACUUUGGAAAAAUUUACUGGCCUGGCAGAGAGCAACUUUCGAGUGCUGGCCACGGUUCUCCUUUACAUUGUAAGACAAGUCACAGUGAUCCGCGGAAAAACCAACAUGCCAAUACCACGGGAACUACAGCGCUACAUGUUCUCUGACGAGGAAAUGCGGCCUGUAUAUGGAAGAAUUGCUAAAACAAUAACAUAUGGAGAGAGACUGCUGAGAGAUUGGGGAAUUGAAUACAUUAGGAGACAGCGUAUCGCUCAACAAUAUGAAGAGCAGUAUGGAUAAAUUGAGUGGCUCAACUGAGGCAUCUAAGUCAACAUUAUUAUGGGGUUUUUUUUCGCAUUAGAUGAUAUAUUAUCGUAAAAUUUGGAUAUAUAUCUAGAAAAACUAAUAAAAUUUGUUUAAAAAUUCAUCAACA